CUCAUAUGAGGACCACACAUUUUGGGUUUCCUGCACCAUAUACUUUAUUUCUUCUCAACUUAGACCUGUUGUCCUCGUAUGUAGACACUUUUACCACCAUCUUGUGGUAGGAAAAGCACAUUACAUGUGUUACUAUAAUUCCAAGAUGGCGUCGAUCUCAGUCAAGAUGUUCUACGGCCGAGCCCGAAAUAAAAAUGGACAAGGGUCCAUUUCUUUGUCAAAAGCAGAAAGACUGCUGAAUGCAAUAGUAGGAGAGAACUCUGAUGUGGAGGAGCUGUCUGAUGGUGAAGAAGCUGAUCCUGGUGUGGAACUACUACAUGAUAAAGAUUAUAUUCCACCUGAUUUAUCAGAAUCUGAUCAGCAGAGCAGUGAUAGUGACAGUGAGCCACCACCAUCCACAGAAUGUGCACGUAAACGUAAGCGUGGUAGAAGUGUUGAGCCAGGAUCUAGCAAGAAUACAAGUAGAGUGCGCUGGAAGUCAAGUGCCUUCACUCCAGACAUAGUGCAGUUUGAGGCUGAAGAGGAAACUCUGCAUGAGAGACAUAACUGGCAGCCACUGGACUAUAUGGAGCAGUACAUUGAUAGAGAGUUGAUGAAUCUAAUUGCUAACUGCACAAAUGCUAUGUCUCUAUCUAACAGUGGUAGCUCUCUCAACACAUCAGUUGAUGAGAUUUAUCAUUUUUUGGAGCAUCCAUUUUCAUGUCUUGUGUGUCUUACCCACAGCUUAGAAUGUUCUGGUCCAGUGCCUUGAGAAUCCCUGCCAUUAGUGACAAACUCAAGCGUGACAGAUUUUUCAAACUGAGGAAACAUCUGAAAGUAGUCAUUGAUAGUGACAUUUCUGAAGACAUGAGGAAAGCUGACAAAUUCUGGAAGACCAGGCCCUUUAUCGAUCGCAUCCUCAAAGGCUGCUUGCUUCAGGCUCGACCAGAAUGUGUAUCAAUUGAUGAGCAGAUGAUCCCAUUUACAGGAGCUUGCCCAUUUCGACAGUAUGUGCCACUAAAGCCCAAUCCAGUUGGCAUGAAAAACUUUGUGCUGGCUACAGCAGGUGGCAUUGUGCUGGACUUUGAAGUCUACCAAGGUGCAAACUCACUGAGAUCACAGAUCCAGGAUGCAGAGGAACUUGGUUUGGGAGUACUGGUUAUUGCACGUCUGGCUAAAACUCUACACCCUGGCACAAAGGUAUACUGUGAUCGGUUCUUCACAUCCAUGAAAGCUGUAGAUCAAAUGCUGGAGAAGCAGGUGUACCUAACUGGUACAAUAAUGAAGAACCGGGUCACUGAACCACUGCAGAAGCUACCAAGUGACCAAGACAUGAAAGAGCAAGGACGAGGUGCCUCAGCCUCAGUUACCAGAGGAGAUGGCAAGGUUUGUGUGGUGAAGUGGUAUGACAACAAAGCAGUUUUGAUGCUUUCCACUGUUCAUGCUGAACAGCCAGAAGAUGUGUGCCAGCGAUGGUCCAAGAAAGACAAGCAAUAUGUGUCUGUCAUGCGACCAAGUAUUGUGCGCGAGUACAACACCAAGAUGGGCGGGGUUGACUUGACAGACAGGAUGAUGAGCUACUACCGAAUGAGUGUCCGAACCAAGAAGUGGACCAUUCGAAUGCUGAUGCACUUCCUUGAUCUUGCUUUAGCCAACAGCUGGCUAUUAUAUCGCCAAGACAACACUCUGUGUGGCACACCAAAAAGAGACAUGAUGCAGUUUCUUCAGUUUCGCAUGACAGUGGCUCAGGCAUACUUGAGCAAGUGUGGCACUGCUGUUGAAGAUGCACAAGAAGAGAAUGCACACCCUUUGCAACAAGGAAGCAGACAUCAGAUCACCCCAGUACCGCAUGUCUCAAUCCGAACAACUUCUACAAAACAUCUUCCAGAGAUGGUCAACCUGAAAAACCCAAUGCGUUGCAGACAAACAGGAUGCUCAGGGAAAUCACGUGUCCGAUGUAUGACAUGCAACAUGUUCCUGUGUUUGCAAACUGAACGUAACUGUUUUGCAGCUUUUCACAAAGGUCCAUAGGUGUGAUACUGUUUCUACAGACUACAAACAAAUGAAAUUUCUCUGCACAAAAUGAAUUGAGACAAAACAUACUUUUGAAAUAUGUAGUCAUGUAGUCAUCAGUCUGCAAUGUGUUGCAAUUACUGUGUGCACAGUCAUGUUCUGGCAUAGAUUUGUACUGUGAUGUGUUGCAAAUAUUGUUAGCAAAUUUUGUUUUUGCACAGCUAUGUUCUGGCAUAGAUUUAUUCUCUAAUGUGAUGCAAAUAUGUGCACAGCCAUUUUCUGGAAUAGUUUUGUACUGUGAUGUGUUGCAAAUAUUGUCAGCAAAUUUUGUUUUUGCACAGCUAUGUUUAUUCUGUAAUGUGUUGCAAAUAUUGUGUGCACAGCCAUGUUCUGGCAUAGUUUUGUUCUGUCUCAAACACCAGUAAUUUUAUUGUAUUACGCAUUAAAAUAAACCCAAUGUCCCCAUAUGAGGACAUCAUUUUUCUCAAAAAUGACUUCCUGUUCAAAGACCAUACUUGGAUUUUAUACUUAUCAUGUCCCAAUAAUCCCAAAUAGAUAGGAAAAAAUUAAAAUGCAUAUGAAACCAAAGCUCAGGACU